UGAGGGAUAAUUGUAACUCUCAACAAGGAGAAGUGAGUAGAUCCAAAAUUGGGGAAAAGUGAAGCAAACAAAAAAUAAACCACCAAAUUCGUCUCAUAAUAAGUUACGAAUCAAAUUAUCUAACUAAUCAAUCGUUUCUCCCUCGCUACUCAUCUCUCUCUCUCUCUCUCUCCUCGGCAUGAGAAGAAGGAGAAGUGCCGCCACUCUCACGUGAUUCCUCCCCACUCUCACGUGCCUCUUCUCCCCCUCAUCCCUUUCACCAUUCACAUCUCAAACUCUUCACGUUUCAGAUCCACAUCACAAAUUUAUAGGUACGCUUCAUAUCGAAAUUCGAUACAGAUCUUAUUUUAAUUAGUUUCCCAGCCCUAAUCUUACUCUAUUUCUCUACUUAUAUUGAUUCGAUUCAAUCCUUGUAAUGGAGGUCUCUAGUGGACCAAGCCCUAGACUCAAUUCAAUUUCUAUAAAUAAUGACACACACGCUGAUUUAGAUCUUCAAUCUCACAAAGACUUUGAUCACCAUCACCAUUUUGCAUCCAAGAGCGCGCUUGAGAUUUUACGAGAAACUGUGAGGAUUCUUCGGUACAAUUUAUCGGGUUUUAUGGCGAUUACAGGCGUCUUAAUUUGCCCUGUUUCAGCAUUGCUGUUGUCGAAUUUCUUAGUGGAUCAUCGUCUGGUGAAGCGCAUUACGAUUAGGCUUUUGUUAGUUGUUAAGUCUAGUGGCCUCCCGUUGAGGCCUUUCGUUAGACAGUCGUGUCAGAAGUUCUCGGAAAUGGCGAUUUCGUCUACAAUGUGCUUCCCUUUGUUCAUCACUUUGUUGUUGAUGUCGAAAGCUGCUGUCGUUUAUUCGGUGGAUUGUACAUAUGCGAGAAGAAUGUUUGAUGCCAACAAGUGUUAUGUAAUUGUUACCAAGAUUUGGAAGAGAAUUGUUUCUACUUACUUGUGGGCUUGUACCGUGAUGGUUGGUUGCCUCAUGUUGUUCCUUGUGUUUCUUGUUACUGUCAGCAGCUUGCUGUCUUUGAUCGGGUUUCCCCCUGAUUUCAAUGUGUAUUUCGCAAUUUUAAUCGGGCUUUUCUUUUCCAUCUUUUUGGCUAAUGCUAUAAUAAUUUGUAAUAUUGCCACUGUGAUUUCGGUUUUGGAGGAUGUAGCAGGGCCUCAGGCAUUGAUGAGAUCGAGUAUACUUAUUAGGGGCCAGACGCAAGUUGGACUCUUGAUAUUUCUUGGUUCCACCAUUGGGAUGUCAUUUGUGGAGGGUUUGUUUGAGCAUAGAGUGAAGACGCUAAGUUAUGGAGACGGUUCUUCAAGGAUAUGGGAAGGACCACUUUUGGUGCUUAUGUAUUCAUUUGUAGUGCUCAUCGAUAUCAUGAUGAGUACAGUUUUUUACUUUAGUUGCAAAUCCUACAGUUUGGAAUCUUCACAUGAAGAAUGUCAGCCAGUUUUAGAAGCCCGGAAUAUUUCCCCAGCAGCACCUGAAGUUCAAUAAUAUCAACAACGAUUUGGCUAAGAUUAUUUAUACAAGUAGAAGGCCAGGAGCUGCUUCUCUUGUUUGCAGCUCAGUGUUGAGAAGGAAGAAGUGUGGUGUUCAAACAUACUUUUUAUUGGCUGGUUUGAGUAGUGAAUUGGAGGCUUAUAUUGCCCUCAAGUUUUCAUUUAGCUUGACAUUAUGUGUUUUUGCCCCAAGUCCAAGAAUGAGGAGAACGCUGGUGAGUAACUGAGACACUGAUGAAAGAUAUUUCAUUUUUUAGGAACUGGUUGAGAUAUCACAGCUCAAUACCUUGUAGCAUAUUUAUUAUUAAUAGCAAUACAAAUGAAUCAAAGUCGAUGUCUUUUUUUGUC